CAAAAACUUUUUCUUGAUUAAGGCAAACAAAAACCCUAAUCGUUGUUCAUUUCCCCCACUAACCAGAUCUCUUUUGAGAAAGAGACUACGUUUCUCCUCUUUUGCUUAAUCUUGAUUAAGUUCUGAUUAGAGGAGAUUAAACAGAAAAAAGAGUGAUUAAACAAAAAAUGGGGAGAGGGAAGAUUGUGAUCCAAAGGAUCGAUAACUCGGCGAGCAGACAAGUGACAUUUUCGAAGCGAAGAAAAGGGUUGAUGAAGAAGGCGAAGGAGCUCUCGAUUCUCUGUGACGCGGAGGUUGCUCUUCUCAUAUUCUCCAGCACCGGAAAGCUCCAUGAGUUCGCCAGUACCAGUGUGAGAUCAGUCAUCGAACGGUACAAUAGCAUCAAGGGGGAAGAGCUACAGUUGUUGAACCCCGCUUCAGCGGUGAAGUUUUGGCAAAGGGAAGCUGCAAUGUUAAGGCAACAAGUGCAGAGUUUACAUGAUAGUUAUCGACAACUGAUAGGCGAAGAACUCGGCCAUCUAAGUGUUAAAGAUCUCGCAACUUUAGAGAAUCAGCUCGAGGCGAGUUUAGGGAGUGUUCGAAUGAAAAAGGAACAAAUGCUGUCGGACAGACUGCAAUCGCUAAGCGAGAAGGGUAAUCUCAUUUAUCAAGAAAAUAUCGAAUUGCACAAGAAGUUGGACCAGAUUGGCCAAGAAAAUAUUGAAUUGUACAACAAGGUUUACGCUUCACGGGACAGCUAUGCUAUGAACUCCGGCGAAAUUGUUCGGUCGUUGGUUAGUGGAGACGGCGGGAGAAAUCCCAUUCACCUCCAACCAAGCCAGCCUCUAACACCGACCAAAACUAAAGAAUAAUAAAUCAUAUAUCUAUACAUGCAAAUUACAUUUAAAAAAAAAUAUAUUUAUAAAGGUUAAUCAAAUUGACCAACGAUGAAGAAAUCCAUAAUCUAUGUUUUGUAAUGUAAUUUCAUGUAUUACGAACUUACAAGAUACAGUUGAAAAGAACAGUGCUAGUGUGGAGAGGUAAUCACAUAAUAUAAUUAUGCAA